AUGCCUCCACGUCGACGUUUGCAGCCUCCUCCUGACGUUGCUCCAGCGGAGUGUUCGUCCGGUGACUCGUGCGAGUGCACGCGUUGGAAAUCUCCUGGAACCCUGGGCCUGGGUCGUCUUCCAACGAGGUCUGCUGUCACCGCAAAGCCGGAUAAAUUCAAUGGUGAUAUCCCGUGGAGCAGUUGUUUGGCGCAGUUCGAGGCAGUGGCAGGUGCUAAUGAGUGGUCAGACGAACAGAAGGCAUGUCACCUUGUCUCACCUCUGCGAGGGUCUGCACUCUCGGUGCUCCAGGCUCUGCCCGACCCCGAGAGGCGGAGCUUCACGCACUUGACGGCGGCCCUCGAGAAAGUUCGAGUCGUUUUCGCCGACUGUGCCCAGGAUGUCGUAGACACGGUGGCCGUAGGCUACUUCAUCGACGCCACAGCCCAUGUGGAUGUGCAGCAAGCCGUUCGGUUAUCGGGGCCCACUGGUCUGCGGGCCGCCCUAACACGAGCACUAGGAGUGGAUACGGCCAAGCGUACGGCCAGAACAACGCAGGGCCUCUCCCGUCCUGUCCUAGGUGAAGCAAGAGCUCUCGCUCCAGUUUCGGACGAUGACUCGCCGACAUGCGAGACAGCCAGUGUACAAGAACUGCGAACUGUAGCCGGCGACGCUAUACCGGUGGAAGGCGUCGCCGCAGUCUCUUUGACUAUAGCGGGACAAGAGUCUCGACAUGCCAUCUACGUCGCCGAUAUCGUCGAUCAGUGCAUACUAGGAUUUGACUUUAUGAAAGACCAUCAGUGUAUUCUUGACCUCCGAGAAGGUACUCCACACUUGGGGACCCGGCAGCUAGUCCUUUCUUCGUGCACCACUACUGCACCUGACCCCAACCCCUAUGUCCUGUGUCGUCGGACUGUCAUGGUGCCACCGUAUGCCGAAGUGAUUGUUCCUGGAACGGCGCCGUCUGAGCAACUAUGCAAGGUCUCCGUCGUCGAGCAGUGCUUGGAAGGCCCUCCAACCGCUGGCAUCAUCGUCGCUCGCAGCCUGGUUCGUCACGCGCAUCCAUUGGUACCAAUCCGUAUCCUCAACGUGACUCCCUCACCCAUUGUGCUUCAGCGAGGACAACGCCUAGCGAGGUGUAGUCAGGUCGUGGAGAUACACCCCACUACCGGAGAAGACAGUGCCGCAGAUCCCUCCGCCUGUGGUGAUUCAUGUCUAGCUAGCUAUAUCGACGAGCUUGUCAACAGUACGGAGCCGGUGCUUUCACAGAGCCACAAACAGAAGAUACGCUCCCUCUUUCUAGAGUUUCACGAUGUUUUCUCGUUUGCUGCCGCUGACCUUGGCAGGACCACCGCCGCUUAG